AUGAGGAGGACGGUGCGCAGGUAUGCCCCGCACUGGCUAUUCCCUGAGAGAGUCUACCCCGACUUCGUGUCCGGGUGUGCGUACGUAAUGACCGGAACCUCCCUGGAGCUUCUCUUCCAAGAGGCCUUGGACACGCCCCUGCUGCCGCUGGAAGACGUCUUCCUCACCGGGAUUGUGGGUGGUAGUCGACUCGGCAUUCCACUGGUGCACGUUUCUCGCUUCUGGACCGCUCAGCCUCGGUUCGAUAUGUCUACGAGUGUUUAUCACCACUGCGCGUAUCACCACAUGUUGGCAAUGCACCACAUCGCCCCGGAGAAGAUUCGACAGCUGUGGAAAGCGCUGGUUCAGCUGCAGCCCGCACGAGAGUGCGACACGUUCCUCAUGCACAUUCUGGGGCACCUCUUCACUCCUGGCUCCUACCAAGUUGUAACAGACGACCCAUGGUGAUAAUUGCUGAAUUUCUACCCUGCAACGUACACCAUUGUUUGCGAUUCCAUACAAUGAAAAUGAUUGC